AUGCACGAGCGCAAUGUAAUGGUCGUCGCCGCAAUUCACCCUCUGCUCGCCCGCGAGCUGGCACUGCCCCUGCUGCUCUGCCCGUCCAGUUUCGAACAGGUUGAACGUGUCUCCACUGCUGCGCCACAGGUCGAUCCAAGCCGCAUCCUGUUUGCGCACCUGCUUCCAUCGCCAGCGCCAGAUAUCCUUUGGGUUGUUCCCAUUCGUGCGCAGUUGUUGCGCCCACUGGCACUGGGUGGGAUCGCACCAGUUUCCCCACCCGCUGCACACUUGUACGCCGUACUGGGGUAUGGUCUCGGUGACUCGGCCGCGGUAAUGGAAGGAGACGGAGAAGUCGUCGGGCCAGCCCCAGAGUCUGGCGUGGAUUGGGGCGGCGAGAAGGAUGAAGGUGAAGGGAAUGUUAAGGAGGGCGUAUAA